AUGGGUUCCGCUCCCCGCCUCGGCGCCCUCGGGCACACCUUCACCGCCAUGCGCGCUAUGCAGUUCGCCUCACUCGUCGCCAUCAUCGGCAUGGUCUCCAACUUCAUAUCCGAGAUCAACGCCGCCGACGCCACCUCCCCGCCGGUCCUGGUCGGGACUCUUGUGAUUGUGAGCUCUCGCAAUCUCCGCAUUGUGUCCCUGUUUUUCAAUACUAAUAAUGCACGACCCCAGGCCUGCGUCGCGACCCUCUACAUCACCAUCACCUACAUCCUCUACUACGACAACAUGCUGCCCCUCCUCCUGGCCACCGGCGCCGACUCGGCCCUCCUUGUCGCCGUCAUCGUCGUCGCCUGCCUCCUCGGCAAGCCCCUCUCGUACCUCGAAUGCGCCGCCCUGCCCCGCUCCGGCAGCACCGCCCACUUCAUGGCCUCCGUCACGGCCAACAUCAACACGGGCUCCGCCGGCGUCCUCAGCUACCUGGUCUGGGUCGGCGCCGACCAGCGCACCUGCUACGCCAUCAAGGCCGUCUGGGGCCUUUCCAUCGCGCUGUGCGUGCUCUUCGCCUUCAGCGCCAUCACCGCCGUCUGCCUGUGGCGCCGCGUCAAGCUCGCCCCAGCCGCCGCCUCAAAGGAUAUUGAGGGUUGA